AUGGCAGAGGAGCAACUCACCCAUGGGGUGUCCCCGUACAAGAUUGACUGGCCCUUUAACGCCUGGCUGGUCGUGAUCCUCACUCUUGCCUACGGCUGUCUCGUCGCCGGCCACCACAAGCCCCUCCUCCUCGCCGUCCUCCUCACCACCGCCACCAUCCUCCUCCUCGACCGUACCUCCACCUGGCACCAGACCUUUGCCCUCCUCGUCGAGCUGCCCCUCGGCCUCGGCUCCGUGCUCGCCUUCCUCUCCGCGCCGCCCUCCUUUCGCGCGCGCCACCACCGCUCCUUCGCCGCGUGCGUCAACCUCCUCCUCUGGCUGCGCCUCGCCCUCGCCGUCCUCGCCGUCCCCGCCGAGGCCACCUUUCGCGGGUGGUGCGGCCGCGUGGCCGGCUCCUGGCUCCUGGCCUCUCUCGUGCAAAAGGCGCGCCACCGCGGCUCCUGGGCCGCCACCACGCCGCACGACGACGCCAACGACGACGACGACCACCACCACCACCACCACCACCACCGCGGCCGCUUGCUGGUCUUCUCGGCCGUCGGCCCGGGAUGGGUCCUCGCGCACGCGGUCUACCGCUACAUCCUGCGCACGCUGCCGGCGACGUACGGCGCGGGACACCGUCUGCGUCUGCUGGACGGGCUGUCGCUGGGGAUGGCGGGGGGGUUGGGGCGCGCGGCGAGGCUGGAGUGGGCGCGCUGCUGGGUCAUGGCGGACGUGCUGGUCGGGGGCGCGGCGGCGGCGUGGUCGGCGGUCGCGGACGUGUUUGACUUGCUUCCGGGGAUGGAAGGGGAGGGCGUGGGAUUCGAUGUGGACAGGGACUUGUUCCUCGCGGGGCUGCAGCUGUCGGUGGCGCUGGUCGCGGCGGCGGGCAUGUUUGAGGCGUGGGUGGAAAAGUCGGUCGAGGACGAGAAGCGGGAGAAGGCGAGGAAUCCGCAGCCACCGCAGCCGCGCAAGGCAGCGGUUGCUACGGGCUAUGAGUUUUACGAGGUUUGA